AUGAUAGCGCAGAAGGGUUUGAUAAAGACUGUGGCGGACAUGAAGCAGUGCCUCUCAACUGUACGGAACACUGACCUCCAUUCGUCGACUGAACGGAAAGAGAAGAAGGGGACGAAAUUGCCGAAUGAGUAUGCGGUGUGGAGGGUGUUGUUCUUGAAGGUACAGGCGAGGAUACACAGUUCAGAGCACUUGUUACUUGUCCAGUUGAGAUGUAGCAAUUUUGGUUCUGAACUGAUUGUGGUUGUCCAAUUACAUGACCAACUGAGGGUAGCGGCUGCUGAGUAG